UGAUUAAUUAGGGCUCCAAAGUCCAAUUGAUGCAAAAGAUUGCAACUUUCCUCUGCAUGUUUGAAGAUGAAUUAAAGCCCUUCUAAUUUUGCGGGUCUCAGCAUGGAAACGUGGAUCAAUUUCACAACAACAACGACAAUAAAAAGUAGCUGCUAUAUACGACUGGUUCCUGCAAUUUCGCGGCUCUGAUGUCGAAUCGAAUCGAAUUGAAUUGAAUUGAACAGGCUUAGCUGCGAGUAUGAUCGAGCGGUGCUGAAUUCGUUUCAAGCGACGGGAAUUUGGGGAUGGAGACGUGGCGGCGGCGGCGCAACAUCGAGGAGUUUUCCAAGGGGUAUUACGGGGUGUGCGCGGCGGGAGGAAUGCUCAGCGCCGGAGCUACGCAUCUCGCCAUCACCCCUCUCGAUGUGUUGAAGGUUAACAUGCAGGUGAAUCCAGUGAAAUAUAAUGGCAUCAUAUCAGGGUUCAGUACUCUUUGCCGAGAAGAAGGUGCUUCGGCUCUUUGGAGAGGUUGGUCCGGAAAACUUAUUGGUUAUGGUGUACAAGGUGGAUGCAAGUUUGGUCUCUACGAAUAUUUCAAGAAACUUUAUGGCGAUCUACUGGUGAAUCAGAACAAGGGUGUCAUAUUCUUCCUCAGCGCUGCCUCUGCUCAAGUCUUUGCUGACAUUGCUCUCUGCCCAUUUGAAGCUGUCAAAGUUCGAGUCCAGUCGCAGCCACGUUUCGCCAAUGGCUUGGCUGAUGGAUUUCCUAAAGUUUACACUAAAGAAGGGUUUUACGGAUUGUACAGAGGACUGCUUCCACUCUGGGGCCGUAACCUUCCAUUCUCCAUGUUCAUGUUCACAACAUUUGAGCACUCCGUGGAUCUAAUGCAUCGCAAAGUUAUACGAAGAAAGAGAGAAGAUUGCUCGAUACCCCAGCAACUUGCUGUGACGUGUCUAGCCGGGUAUUCAGCUGGGAUUGUUGGUGCUGUGAUCUCCAAUCCUGCUGACAACAUAGUUUCAUCUCUUUACAACAAAAAGGCUCCAAGUAUACUGCAGGCGAUAAAGAAGAUCGGGCUUGCCAAUCUGUUCACCAGAAGUCUCUCCGUUAGAAUUGCAACGGUGGGUCCUGUCGUUACGUUGCAAUGGUUUUUCUACGACAGCAUCAAAAUGUUCACGGGACUACCUGCGAGCGGAGGGGUGAGGAGCUAGUUGGCUAUCAUCGAGCAGCCAGCGACAAAGGCAACGGGGGCUUGGCCGGUGCCAGACAAAGGCAGGGUCGGGUGGACAAGAAAUGGACCAAAAAUGAAGCUUUGGGGAGUUUCAGUCAUUUUGGUAGAAAUAAUAAGCAACAGCUUUAAAUUUCUUAUUUUUGGAUAAAUUGAUUUUUUAACCUAAUGGAAAGUGACGUUUGGGUAAUUCUAAAGUUAGAUUUAUAUUAAUACUUCUUUAUUUUCUA